GGCCGUGCAGGCAGCCCAGCUGCAUUGGAUUGCUGCAGGGGGAAACUGCAUCUCUCUGCGAGGCGCGAAGCCAGCGGGGGGGCAUUUUCUAACCUACAGAGGAAAAGCCCCAGCACUGGAAUCCAAUUCCUCAGAAAGUGUCCAUCACACAGGAAGGAGAUCCACUAUGCCUGCAACAGGCUUGUGAUUCAGAGACAGUUCUGCGGAAGCCCUGCGCCUGAACCCCCCACGCGAGAUGAAUAUCUCCCAGAGGCCCCCGGUGCAGGAGGAUUUCCUGCCCAACGUCAGCCUUGCGCCACGCAAUGCGACUGCGGCCGACGGCGCGAGCAAGCCCACGGUCUGUGAGCAGGUGAGCAUCGCCACGGAGGUGUUCCUCACCCUGGGCAUCGUCAGCCUGCUGGAGAACAUCCUGGUCAUCUGCGCCAUCGUCAAGAACAAGAACCUGCACUCGCCCAUGUACUUCUUUGUGUGCAGCCUGGCCGUGGCGGACAUGUUGGUGAGCGUCUCCAACGCCUGGGAGACCAUCAUCAUCUACCUCCUCAACAGUGGUCAGCUGGUGGUGAGCGACCACUUCAUCCGGCAGAUGGACAACGUCUUCGACUCCAUGAUCUGCAUCUCCGUCGUGGCCUCCAUGUGCAGCCUGCUGGCCAUCGCCGUGGAUCGCUACGUCACCAUCUUCUACGCCCUGCGCUACCACAACAUCAUGACCAUGCGGCGUGCGACCUUCAUCAUCGCCGGCAUCUGGACCUUCUGCACAGGCUGCGGCAUCGUCUUCAUCAUCUACUCAGACAGCACGCCCGUCAUCGUCUGCCUGGUGUCCAUGUUCUUUGCCAUGCUUCUCUUGAUGGCCUCUCUCUACAGUCACAUGUUCAUGCUGGCACGAUCCCACGUCAAGCGCAUCGCCGCGCUGCCCGGCCAAAACUCCGUCCACCCGCGCACCAGCAUGAAGGCUGCCAUCACCCUCACAAUCCUCCUGGGGAUCUUCAUCGUCUGCUGGGCGCCCUUCUUCCUCCACCUCAUCCUCAUGAUUUCCUGUCCCAGGAACAUCUACUGCGUCUGCUUCAUGUCCCAUUUCAACAUGUACCUCAUCUUGAUCAUGUGUAACUCCGUCAUCGACCCGCUCAUCUACGCCUUCCGUAGUCAUGAGAUGAGGAAGACCUUCAAGGAGAUCAUCUGCUGCUACAGUCUGCGUAACACCUGCGGAAUGUCCAGCAAGUACUAGCUCUGCUCUUUAAAGGAAACACAGGCGAACUCUGAGUCUGUACAGAAUAUCGUUUUGUACAACAACCUGAUCUCAUGAAAGGAUGGAAGUUUUGCCAGUAUUUAAGCUCACCAGACCAGAGGCCCUGAUUGUAUAGAGUAUGGCAUCUCUUUUCUUUUUGCAUGCUCAUGAAAAUUUGCAUGACUGUUCUAACUGAUCAAAUAAUUUUAGACUUAAUAGGUUACCCAACUAUAAAUAAUUAAAAUUUCAGGUUAAUGGUAAUUUCUGGGCACUCUGCAUUUUGUCUUCUGAGAUCAGGUACGUUGUACAUCGAUAUAUAAAAUAAAGCAUGACUUAAUUUUCACAGCAAAACCAGAGGCUCCCAUUUUCUUUGAAAGCUCCCGUGCUGCAUUGUUACAACGUGAAGGUGCUUAACGGCGUGAUUUAUCCUUACGUUGCUUUUCAGUUUUCUGCAAGAGACACAGGUUUUGCUCGUCUGCUAAGCUUUUGCUGUGAAAAAAAGUGAAUUUUUCCUUAAUGGUAAAAACACACAUUCAUUUGCAUCCAUUUUCUUUAAAUAUUUCCUGUAUUUGAAGUUUAUCCUGAUAAUAAUUGUGUUACUCAAAUAGUAUUUUGCAUUUUGAACUUAUUAAGUAUAAGUACUGAGAUUUUAGGAUACAUACUACACACUCCUGAGCACAGUUUCAUACGCUGGAGCAAAGAAGUAGAUGAUUUUUUAAAAAACCUGGUAUUGCAGAAUAGUUCAGGAUUAAACCAUAAUGCAUGACAAGACAGCUAAUAUUAAUGCAAGAUAAAGCACAGUUUUCUAAUACUGUAUAAAUCUGUAACAUACGUAAUACAUUGAUACUAAGGAAAGCAUGUUUAUAUGGCUAAGAAGAUGUGAUUUGCAGUAUGAAUCUUUAUGAUUUAUAUUUGCUUCUUUUCAAUAAUCCUUUCAGAAAUAUGAAUCCCAAUUUACUGACAUAUUUUAACAUUAUAUAUAGACACUCCUCUACUUACG